CCCAACAGUGCACCCACCUGUGCCCAGCAGUGCCACCUACCUGUGCCCAGAUGUGCCACCUACCUGUGCCCAGCAGUGCCACCCACCUGUGCCCAGCAGUGCCACCCACCUGUGCCCAUCAAUGCAGUGCUGCCAGUCAGUGCCACCAUCAGUGCCACCUAUCAGUGCUCUCUAUCAGUACCCAUCAUCAGUGGCACCUAUCAGUGCCACCUAUCAGUGCCGCCUAUCCGUGACACCUCAUUAGUGCUGCCUAUCAGUGCCGCCUAUCCGUGCCACCUCAUUAGUGCUGCCUAUCAGUGCCCCCUAUCAGUGCCCUUCAGUG